AUGGCGCGCGCGGCUGCUACGUCAUGUAGGCGCCGCCGCCGGAGGAAUGUGGUCACGUUUCUGGAGCAGCUGGGUGUCCAGGAACGGCCGCGCGCUCUCCCCGGGCUUCCUCGACCUCACGAGGCCCUGCACGCCCGGCCGGAGGCCGCGGCCUCUCCGGGCCAUCCGCCUGGCCCUGGUCGGCCCUCGGGAAGGGAGCGCCGCUUCGCUCUCCGCCUUAGCCUCUCUCUCCAUUGCUUGACAGUUCAUGGAGUGACUUGUCACAGUCCCUGGCGGCACGUGACUUCAGGACGCUCUGUGGCUGGCGCUGUGGACAUGAUUCCUGGGGUGUUUCGAGGCUGCGCUGGCACCAUCUGCUCCCAGGUCCCCUCCUGGAGAUUGAGCGCCCUGCGCCACCUGACCCUCCCCAGAGUCAUGAAGUCUCAUAAGAAGACUGAUCACAUGGAGAGAACUGCAAAUGUCGCUCGCUGGGAGGUCGUGUCCACGGCGAAGGUGUGUGGCCUGGCCGACGAGUCGCCCUCCGUGAAGAUGCUCCGUCUCCAUGUCGCUAAGAAGGACCUGGCCUUUCGAGCCGGCCAGUGGGUUGAUUUCUCUAUCCCCGGAGUCCCUGUGGUUGGUGGCUUCUCCAUAUGCUCCAGUCCCAGGCUUCUCCAACAAGAGAGAAUUCUAGAACUUGCUGUGAAAUACACCACCCACCCUCCUGCCCUCUGGGUCCACAGCCAGUGCACGCUGGACUCUGAAGUGGCCCUGAGAGUGGGUGGAGACUUCUUCUUUGACCCUCAGCCCCACGAUGCCUCCAGAAACCUGGUGCUGAUCGCAGGCGGGGUGGGCAUCAACCCCCUGCUCUCCAUCCUGCGGCACGCAGCGGACCUCCUCCGAGAGAGGGCGGCCACGGGCCGUGGGUACGAGGUGGGCACGGUGAGCCUGUUCUACAGCGCAAGGAACACCAGCGAGCUCCUGUUCACGAAGAACAUUCUCGAGUUAGUGAAUGAAUUUCCCGAGAAGAUCGCGUGCAGUUUGCAUGUUACCAAACAGACAACGCCCAUCAGUGCAGACCUCAAGCCAUAUGUCACUGAAGGAAGAAUAAAGGAGGAGGAGAUAAGAGACCUUAUUUCCAGAGAGACCCUGUUCUACAUCUGCGGGCCCCCUCCGAUGACGGACUUUUUCUCCAAGCAGCUGGAGGGCAGCCACGUGCCCAGGGAGCACAUCUGCUUUGAGAAGUGGUGGUAG